AUGGUUGCCAUGGGCGCGGACGAGGAGGAGCGGCCCGUGCACCAGGGCUGCAUGGCCGGCUUCCUCCACCUCUUCGACCGCCCGCACGUCUUCUCCGGCAAGCGCCGCCUCUGCCACCACCCCCGCCGCCUCCUCUCCUCCUCCUCAAGUGGGUCCGCGACGCCGUCGGAGAUGUCGAUGCCGCUGGAGAGGGCGACGCCGCUCCCGUCGUCGCCCGAGAUGACGCCGCCCGCGGCGCCGAGGCCGUCGCUCCAGCUCCCGCCGCUGGACCUCAAGGACAGGGGUGGCGCCGCCGCGUCCUGGAGGUUGCCGCGCCUCUCGCUGGACAGCCGCGCGGUGGUCGACGCCAGGGGGAAGCUCCGGCAGCGGGACAACAACAGAACGGCAGCGCCACCGUCCCCUGGCGUGGCGGGCUCGCCCAGCGUCGUCGCGCGGCUCAUGGGGCUCGACGCGCUGCCGCACGGCGCCGCGGACGAGGAGGACGGCCAGCACGCCGCUCGGGGUGGCGAGCUCAGGCGGUCGGCGUCCGAGCGUGUGCCGCGCGACCCGGCCCGCUUCCGGUUCGUCGACCCGUCUUUCUUCGAGAAACCGGCGCUGCUUCCGCAAAGGCCGUCGUCCCCGACGGCAGAGGCGGCGCUGGCACAGCGGCAGUCGCCGGAUCCGGCCUUCCACAGAGCGGCAGCGCUGCAGAGGCGUAGCAGCCACUUCGACGCGCGGGAGGUGUUCCCUGAGCCGGCAAAGCGCGUCGACCCGAGCGCCGGGCGCGGCGAGAUCGCGCUCUGCGGCGAGAUCGAUCGCCGCCUCCGCAAGCGUGGCAUCGCCGAGCCGGCCAGGGAUCUCGAGACGCUCAAGCAAAUCCUGGAGGCCCUCCAGCUGAAAGGCCUCCUCCGCCACAGCACUCCACCGCCGCCAUUGUCCGUGCGCAACCAUCCGCCUCCCAUCGUCGUCAUGCGCCCGUCCUCCCGGCCGCCGCAGCCUCCAACCUCUCCCACCAGGCGAUUGCGCGUGCAAGUCGACAAUGCCCGCCGCCCGCGUUCUCCUGACCGAGCGGCGUCCCCCGCACGGAGCCCGGCCUCCCCGGCGCGACGCGGCCCACAGUCCCCUCAGCGCCGCGUGUCUCCGGAGAAGCGCCACCAGCCCCUCAAAAAGCCGAACAACGCUGAUCUCCCAAGCAUCCGCCCCCGCAUUGCCCGCCACGCUGUUCACAAUCUAUCUCCCGACGACGACGCGUCGACCAUCUUCUCGGACGGCGGCAGCAGUAGCUCCGUCAGUGCCAGUGCCAGUGCCUCCUCCCGUUGGGACCUCGAGGUAAGCCUCAGCAGACAAGGUGGUAAAAUCUCUGCUCAGCGGACAUCGAUCGUGCAACGUUUUCUCACCAGUCUCUCCAUUUUUGCAUUGCAGCAGCGGCAGCGGGUACGUCUGGUGGACGACGCGAGAACGGACCGCGGCCUGCUGGAGCGCUGUGACAAGCUGCUGAGCAGCAUCGAGGCGUUCACCGGCGCCGGCGACGCGGCGGCCGACCAGCAGCCGAGCCCGGUGUCGGUGCUCGACGCGGCGACGUUCCUCGCCGACGAGGACUCGCCGUCGUCGUCGGGGUCGAAGCGGGGGAUGGGCCGGAGAGCCCCGGGCCCCCGGCCGGUCGCCUCUCUGUCCUUUCCCGAGGACGACGACGAGGCGGUCCCGGAAGCGUGGCUGGUUGGACCGGAGGCCAGUGACCCCGACUUCGCCUACGUGGCAGAAGUGGUCUGUUUGUCGGACCGGAUGAGGAGCCCGGAUGACGUGUACCGCACACUGGAGAAGAGGCGCCGUCGUGGCGAGGACACGUGGCAGCACCGGAGGCUGCUCUGCGGCGCGGCGGCGGAGGCUCUGGACCGGUGGCGGUGCGCGCACCCGUCGGAGCCCGUCGCGUGGCUCCGCGGCGAGGAGCUCCUGCGCUACGUCUGGGCGGAGGUCCAGCGCGCCCUGGAGCCGGCCGGGCCGGCGGCCGGUGACGAUCUGAACGACCAGACUAGCGGAGCCAUCCUGCGCGACCUGGCGGCGGACCGGCGGUGGUUGCCGAGCGCCGAGGCGGCGGACACCGUGCUGCAGAUCGAGCGGCUGCUGUUCAAGGACCUGGUGGCCGACGCCAUCUGCGAGCUGGCCGAGGCCGACCGCCUCCGCCUCCCGCGCCGGAAGCUGGUCUUCUGA